AUGGCGCUUGAGAUAUGUCCAAAUACUAACAAUCAGACAGAAUUGGGUACAAUACAAAAUGAAGAUAUCAAUAUGCAAAGCGUAGGUGCAUUAUCAAAUGAAGUACAGACUGAAGAAAGCUUUGAGUAUGUUAUGAUUUCUGCGGAGUCACAAGAAGAUAUAUGUCCAAAUACUAACAAUCAGAUGGAAUUGGGUACAAUACAAAAUGAAGAUAUCAAUAUGCAAAGCGAAUGUGCAUUAUCAAAUGAAGUACAGAGUGAAGAAAGCUUUGAGUAUGUUAUGAUUUCUGCGGAGUCACAAGAAGAUAUAUGUCCAAAUACUAACAAUCAGUUGGAAUUGGGUACAAUACAAAAUGAAGAUAUCAAUAUGCAAAGCGAAGGUGCAUUAUCAAAUGAAGUACAGAAUGAAGAAGGCUUUGAGCAUGUUAUGAUUUCUGAGGAGUCACAAGAAGACACGCACUCUUUAUACAUUCAAAACAGUGAUACUGAAGAUGAUUGCUUAAAUCGUACGGCAGAGCACGAAGUAAUUGUUGAUGAAGGAGACAGCUUGGAAAUGAAUAGAAAUGGAGAAGGAAUUAUACGUUAUUUUGGAUAUAAUAAUGAAGAUGGAAGAAUUAUUUCAAAUAAUGGGAAAUGCUAUUAUUUCAAGAGGGAAGACAUAGUUGGUCAUUAUCGAUAUUAUAGAGCUCCGCAAAAAGCAAAGUUUGUGAUUGAUGCUUCGCGACCAAAUUGGGCGAAGGACAUAGUGAUAAUUGGACAAAUUUAUGGCCAACGGUGCUAUUAUUGUUUAAUGUUUGAUCAUUAUACAGAGGACUGUAUGCAGUUGGAUAUUGAUUCUUAUAAUUUUUACUAUCCUUACUUGUAA